CGACAUAGCCGGUAUGGUCCCCUGGGUGAAUUCCUCACUUCUACGUUGGCUAGUGCAGUCACCAGAGAGCAUAUAUAGGUGCUGAACCUCUUUGCUGCAUCCCACUCCUACCCGCGCAUCCGGCCUCCUGCUUUUGUUGCCAACUCUCGUUUUCUGGGCGGCAGGACGGAACGACACGCCCACAACGCAGCCUUCAGAUCCAGUCGAACUUGUUCGCGACAACGCUCGUUCUGUACGAUGUCCUCUGCUCCUGAAGGCGUUCGUGUCGAGGUGCACGGCCCUAUCGCGACCAUCACGCUGAACCGGCCUGCCUCACUCAAUGCGCUUCAGCCUGAAGACUACGAUCUCUUCGCCACCAGCUUGCGCGAGAUCGACGCGCGCGAGGAUGUGCUGGUGACGGUGUGGCAGGCUACGGGCAACUACUUCUGCACUGGGACGAACUUCAAACGCGAGCGGCCAUGGGACGCCUCUGUCUACGCGGACACCCCAAACAGCGUUCGCCAGAAUCUGCUGAAGGGAGUAGCGGCCACGACGCUCGACUGCUCGCAGGCCCUCUACAAGCAUAGCAAGAUACUCGUUGCGGCUGUCAACGGACCGGUUAUGGGCAUCGCGGCAGCCAUGCUUGGUCACUUCGACUUCAUCUACGCGCUUCCAAAUGCGUGGCUGUCUGUGCCAUUCACUUUCCUCGGAAUCAUCGCCGAAGCUGGCUCGAGCAUUACGUUUGCCAACAGGAUGGGCGUCGCGAAGGCGAAUGAGGUGCUCCUCUGGGGCAGGAAGAAGGGCGCUGACGAGCUGCUUACGUGCGGGUUCUACAACGAGAUCUUCCCCCCUCAAAGCACCGAAGAAUUCCACGCUUCUGUCCGCAAGAGGAUCGAGUUCGAGCUCGACGGCCUGGACCGCACCGCACUCCUUGGGGUCAAGCGCUUGCUCAAGGACGCCCAGAACGAGAAGAACAACUUUGAUGCAGCGAACAUGCGGGAGGCUUAUGCUCAAGCAGAGCGAUUUGCGAGUGGGACACCCACUGCGCGGUUUGAGAUGAUUGCCAAGAAGGAACUACGACACAAGCUAUGAUUUGGGCGGAGGAGCGUAUAGUUUAUUCUGGAUCGUUCGUCGAAAUUCAAGUUCACGUUGGGGCGUUCGCCGAGCUGCUGUGGAUUAGCCUGACACAUGGUGGCGGGGAUUUAGGCUAACUCUGAAGCUGUACUUCCACCACCAUUCGCCUGUAAGUAGACCACCAUCUGCCCAAGCUCUGCC